AUGUCUGGAAUUUUGGAUCCGUUUCUUGAAAGCAUACACAACUUACCCUGUAAUGUCCGGAGAAACCUAAGUCUAAUAACCGACCUUGACCAGAAGGUUCAAAAACUGACCAGGCAGGCUGAUGCCAUGGUCGACCAGUACCUCGCCCGGGCAGAAACCCUCACGCCGGAGCAGAAACAGGAGGAGAUGGAAAAGGUGCACAUUUUGUACUCUCAAGCGCNGGUCGACCAGUACCUCGCCCGGGCAGAAACCCUCACGCCGGAGCAGAAACAGGAGGAGAUGGAAAAGGUGCACAUUUUGUACUCUCAAGCGCAACACCUCUGCGAGGAGAAAAUGCAGCUCUCGCAGCAGACGUACAACCUGGUGGACAAACAGAUCACUCAGAUCGACGACGAGAUCGAGAAGGUGAAGGAGAAGCAGGCAAACUCGGACGCGGCCAGCGGCGAAAAGGGCGGCCACGGCAGUGGAGGGGGCGGUGGUGGCCCUAGUGGGAGUGGCGGCAGCAACAAGGACGGCAAACGGGGCCGCAAGAGGACGAAGGCCUUUGACUCGGCCGCCGACGUCAUCAUCGAGG